CCAUUGACCGUUGCAACAUUUCAACAUUGUCGCCUGCUGAUGACAAUCCUUGGAAAGAGCGAUGAUGGCUGGCCUGAUGAGCCUAAACUACAAAGUGGCCCUCCCGUGCCAAUUUAUUCCAUCAUAUUGGCGGUUGUAUGGGUUUUGCCCGUUCUUUUGUAUUGGGGCUUGGAUUUUAUAUUGACCCGAAGAAGGCGAAUUGUUGAAGAAGCUAUGUCCUUGUCUGCCUCGCAGCAGAGCAUUCAACGCACGGAAUCCGAGCUUUCAAACGUUCAUACCAACAGGCACCUUACGGACAAUCUAUCUGUGCGCGACGUGGAAGGAGACCAUUUCCCGGUAAUGUUGGCUUCCUUGGAGCACUCUUUGCCACACUUGGCAAAAGCUCGUGCAACUGCUGGGGGAUUAGGAAAGGUUGUGGAUCUAAUCUCAAGGAAGCAUCCUACGGACAUUCUGCUGGUACAUCCGAUGCUUGAGGAGGUGUCAGGUCAAGUGGAAUAUGGGAAAGCUUGUGAUGAAGAUCCUCCUUUGCGCCUCGUUGUUGAAGGUGUCCGCCAUGAUGUUCAAGUCUUCCGGUACAAGUCUCAAGAUACCAACCAGCAGCCACAUGUGGAAUUCUUGAUGCUCGCCCACCCGCUCUUCAAAGCACGCACGCUAGACAGCAUUUAUCCAAAUCCGAUGUCGCGCAAAGCAGUCCUGACAUUCUUCUCGCUUUGGAACCAAGCAGUGGGGGCGCUUUUGGUGAGGCACAAACCUCAUGUCUUUCACUGUCCUGACUUUCAUUCUGCAGUGGCGCCUUGGUAUGCGAUAAAUGGGCAUCCCAGCUUGAAAGUGUUGCUCGUCUUGCACAAUGCGGAGUACCAGGGUACCAUCAGCACAGACAUGAUUCUGGGCCGUCGACUGGAGACUUUAGCGUACGUUUUCAAUUUGCCGAAGCACAUCGUUGCAGAGCAUUUGCUGUUGGAUGGUCGAUUCAAUAUGCUCAAGUCUGCAGUUGAUUUUAUUUGCAGUCGGCAAAAUGGUUUUGGCGCUUGCGCAGUCUCCCACUGGUAUGCUGCUGAAUGCCACUCUGCCUACUCCGUCUUGUGGGAGUUGCCAGUUGUACAUGGCCUGGACAAUCCAAUGUUGGAAGAAGAACGGGUUCACCUUGAAGGCGAUUUGGCAUCUGUGAAAGCUGAUGCAAAGAAGAGGAUUCAGCAGAGGCUUGGCCUUGAGGUGAACCCCAAUGCUCGCCUUUUUGUUUCCCUGGGUCGACUAGUGAGGCAGAAAGGAGUGGAUUUGAUAGCUGAUGUUGCCGAUUGGCUUUUAUCAAAUUUUGCCGAUGCUCAGCUAAUUCUCGUUGGUCCUGUGGGCGAUGGAUUCGGGCACUAUGCAGCAACAAAGCUGGAAGCGAUGAAAGAGAAUGGACGGCACGCUGGCCGCCUGCAUGUUCACAUCCAGUUUAUGCGAGACAAGGAUGUCCUCAAGGAUAUGAAGUUAGGUGCAGACUUUUGUUUGAUGCCAUCACGAGAUGAGCCCUUUGGUUACGUUGACAUUGAGUUUGCGUGGCAUGGGGCAUUGUUGGUCGGGGCACAAGCAGGAGGUUUGGGCAAGGUUCCUGGAUUUUACUUCUUGGCACAAAAUCGAGAGAACUUGGAUCGUUUGCGCAGAGAGUUACGCACGGCAGUGACAAGAGCAAUGAAAGCUGACUUGGAUCAGCUACACCGCAUGGCCGAAGAAGCCAUCAGCUGCACAUUUCCGUUGGAUGUUUGGCAGCGACGUUUGCGGAGUGCCUAUCUAAUGGUUGUUGCUCAAGGCGCAGAGGGCACUUGGCAAGAAGAAACUGUCGCCGCAGCGUCAGAUCGCCGGACAGCCUCAGAGUCUGAAGGCGACUUGGACAUUGUCAUCAGAGCCCCUCCAGGCCCUCCAGGCGCUUCAAUUGAGUUUUCCGAUGCCAGUCCGGCCAGCAGGAAACGAGCUUCAACCUUCCAGCCCUUUUUGGAGACACAUGGUAUACCGCCGCCUCGACCCCCUCCCAGUGAGCAACCUGCAGGGGAAACAGCUCCUGUUUCGCUCGUGGAUUUGGCAGUCGGGCACCAGGGGGAAGCUCCAAACAGAAGCUUCAGCGUCUCCGCAGGAGGGCCAGAGUUCUUGACGCAGGAACUGGAUGAAGCCGAGCUGGCAGAGCGAAUCAAGAAGAAAGUGCAGCUACACGACUCUUGGGGUAUAGACGAGAUCCUGGUCAGUGUCGGUGAAGAUGUCGACUUUGAGCGCGAAGGAAGCUCAACAUCGCGUUGGCUGCUGAUGCGAACGUGUGGUGUCCAAAGAAUUCACAUUGUGGUUGCUUUGGGCUAUGUGGCAUCGCCCGUUGCAGAGUUUUUGACUUUCGUUACAGCUACCGAGUGGGGCUUGAGAGGGGGUGAAAGUGUUCCGCGCUAUGCACAGCGACUUCUCGGCACACAAAUUGAUCCUCCUAUCCUCAACAUGGUACUUUUUGGCUUCAACGCAUUGGCCUUUGCAAUCUCGGCACCAUUGUGGGCCGCACUGAGCCGAUAUUUGGAGCCCAGGAAGGUGAUGGCAUUGUGCCUGAUGUCGAGCACUCGUUUGGACAUGGAUCUAUGAAUAUUGAAGCCUUUCAAUGUGCUCAGUGUUCGUUCGGUCAGUGAUUUGUCACGAAAGCGAAAGAAUCAGUCCUGGUAUGGUUAAGCUAGGUAUGAUCUUCAGUUUUUGGUGCACCUUCUGGACUGGCUGCUGGCGUAGGUAAGUCUAAGUGCAGCCUCCCAGCGGUGCGUAGGGCAGGCUUGGGCGUCACACUGCAAGGCUGAGUAAGGUGACAAUGUUGACGAG